GACGGCUUGUGUAGGAGUGUGUGUGGGAGUGUGUGUGUGUGUGUGUGUGUGUGUGAGAGAGAGAGAGAUAAAGCCAAAGAGAUAAAGUUACCGUGUGGGUGUGGGUGUGUGUGUGUGAGAGAGAGAGAGAGAGAGAAAGGAGUCGCAGAAAACUUCCCGAGCAGCCAGAGAGACUGCCUGGUGCCGAUGCGUUCAGGCAUCCUGAUGCCCAUCAUGGCUGUGUAUCUGAGCCUCCUCAUGCUGGCUCUCAAUGUGUUUGGACAGGAGCUCCCAUCAGGCCCUCAUGGCUGCACGGAGGGAAGCUGUUACCCUGCAACAGGAAACCUUCUGAUUGGCCGGGCUGUCAACCUAUCUGCCACUUCUACUUGUGGCCUUGACAGACCAGAGCACUACUGCAUUGUCAGCCAUCUGCAGGAGUCAGACAAGUGUUUCGAGUGUAACUCCCAGCAUCGCUAUAACCCAGACCACCACAGAAACAGCCACCGCAUCGAAAACGUAAUCUACCUAAUGGACAGCAAUGGAGACAACACCUGGUGGCAGUCUGUCAAUGGACAGGAGAAUGUCAGCAUCAGACUAAACCUGGAGGCUGAAUUCCACUUCACACAUCUCAUCAUGAAGUUUAAGACUUUCCGACCUGCAGCUAUGAUCAUCGAGCGUUCGGCGGAUUUCGGCCGCACAUGGCGCCCCUACCGCUACUUUGCUUCAAACUGUACCAAGACCUUUCCCACCAUCCCUGCCAAUGGCCUGCAACACAUAAACGACAUCAUCUGCGAGGAACGCUACUCUGAUAUCGAACCCUCCACUAAUGGAGAGGUCAUUUAUAAAGUUUUGGAUCCCGCCAUUCAUGUGAAAGACCCCUACAGCUUGGACAUUCAAGAACUUCUGCGUAUCACCAACCUGCGGAUCAACUUCACCAAGCUGAACACUCUGGGAGACGACCUGCUGGACCGACGCUCUGAUGUCCUGCAGAAAUAUUACUACGCCCUCUAUGAGCUGGUGGUCAGAGGGAGCUGCUUCUGUUACGGACACGCCUCAGAGUGCGCCCCAGUGCCAGGGGUUGACGCCCGGGAGAAUGGCAUGAUCCACGGUCGAUGUGUCUGCAAACAUAAUACAGAGGGUCUGAACUGCGAGCGCUGCCGAAAUUUCCACAAUGACCUGCCAUGGAGACCCGCUGAGGUGGAGAACCCGCACAGCUGCAGAGAGUGUAACUGUAAUGGCCACUCAAACCAGUGUCACUUUGACAUGGCGGUGUAUUUGGCCACGGGCAACAUCAGCGGAGGAGUGUGUGACAACUGUCUGCACAACACCAUGGGACGCAGCUGUGAGAUGUGUAAACCUUUCUUCCACCAAGACCCUUCUAGGGAUGUUAGGGACCCACGGGUUUGUGUCGCCUGUGACUGUGACCCAGUCGGAUCAUUGGAAGGAGGAGUGUGUGACAGUCACACCGACCCGAAUAUGGGGAUGAUUGCAGGGCAGUGUCGCUGCAAAGCCAACGUCAAAGGCACGCGCUGCGACGACUGCAAGGAAGGUUAUUACGGCCUCAGCCAAAACGACCCACUGGGUUGUCAGCCUUGCAACUGUGACCCUCGUGGCAUUAUCAGGAUGGGAGCUCCUUGUGACCAGAUCAGUGGGGACUGCUCCUGCAAAAGAUAUGUCACUGGUCGCUACUGCAACCAGUGUCUGCCUGAAUACUGGGGGCUCAGUAAUGACCUGGCCGGCUGCAGACCAUGUGACUGUGACUUCGGUGGAGCCUUCAACAACAGGUGCAUGAUGGAGAACGGCCAGUGUGACUGCAGGAGGCAUCUAAUUGGUCGACAGUGUUCAGAGGUUCAGCCUGGGUAUUUCUGUGCUCCACUGGACUACUACAAAUACGAGGCGGAAGAUGCCACUGGACACUCCCCCGGUGACUCUGCACUGCCGGGCAAAGUUCGUCCUCAGGCAGAGACUGACUGUGUUCAGCACCUCAGCAACCAGUUGAGGAGGCACCGGCGUCACCGUCGCAUUACCAACUCUCAGCAACAUCGGGCAGCACUGAGACGUAUCCGCCAGCUUCAGCAAACACCUGAUGUGAGGGCUGUUCAUAGAGCACACACUCCCAGCCACAUGGUGUCGUGGACAGGACCUGGUUUUGCCCGCGUCAAAGAUGGUGCUGGCCUGGUGUUCACUAUCGACAACAUCCCCUACGCCAUGGAGUAUGACAUCAUGAUCCGCUAUGAACCUGAGUCCACAGAGGACUGGGAGGCUGUAGUUAGUAUUACAUCUGUACAGCUGCCAUCCAGUCUCCGAUGUGGAAACCUCCUACCAACUGAACAGCUCUACACAGUGACCCUGCCACACCGCAAUAGAUACAUCCAGAUGCCCAGGCCAUUCUGUUUUGAGCCCAGUAAUCGUUAUGUGGUUGCAAUCAGGUUCCAGCGCCACGGGGUCUCACACAGACAUCUUACUGCCUUCAUCCUUAUUGACUCGCUGGUUCUGAUCCCCAAAUACACUGAGCUUCCGGGUUUCCAAGGUAACGAUCCCGAGGCAGAGCAGCGGCGGGAGGAGAUGAUGCGCUACAUGUGUCUGGAUUCCUUUAUGAUCACGCCGAUGCCCAACCUGGCUGAGAUGUGCUCCAAACUCAUCUGUAGUAUUUCAUCAAUCAUUCAUGACGGUGCUCUGCCCUGUCAGUGCGACCCCCAGGGCUCGCUCAGUGGUGAGUGUGAAAAGGUGGGAGGUCAGUGUCGUUGUAAGCCCAACGUGAUGGGUCGAUUCUGUGACCAGUGUGCUCCAGGAACCUUCGGCUUUGGAGUGACUGGCUGCACUGCCUGCGACUGCCACUCAGAGGGCUCAGUGAGCCACCAGUGUGACCCAGUUACAGGCCAGUGCCAGUGCAAGCAGGGAGCCACCGGGCGUCAGUGCUCAGACUGCCAACCAGGCCAGUGGGGCUUCCCCAGCUGCAACCCAUGUCAGUGUAACGGCCACGCAGACAUCUGUGACCCCCGCACUGGAGAGUGUAUGGACUGCAGGGACUACACAGCAGGACACCUCUGUGAACGUUGUGUGGAUGGGUUCUUUGGAAGCCCAGUGCUUGGUUCAGGGGAGCACUGUCGGCCCUGCCCCUGCCCCGGUAACCCCGGCUCAGAUCACUUUAAUGGAAACUCCUGUCAAGCUGACCACGCCUCUAACCAGAUCAUCUGUAACUGCAGACAAGGCUACGCUGGGACCCGCUGUGACCAGUGUGCCCCUGGUUACUACGGCAACCCAAGCCAACCUGGUGGGCAGUGCCUCCCGUGCAAUUGCAACGGCAACAUCGACACCCAGGACCCUGAGUCAUGUGACCCGAGGACCGGCCAAUGCCUCAAGUGCCUGUACCACACCGACGGCCCAUCCUGUGCCCACUGUCAACACGGUUACUAUGGCAACGCUUUGGCCCAUGACUGCAGACGCUGUACCUGUGUGACUGCUGGCACCAUACAGUCUGCUUGUGGUGAUGGACAGUGUCACUGUGACCCGCAGACUGGUGCCUGCCCUUGCAGGGAGAAUGUGACGGGCCACAACUGUGACCAGUGUACUCCCAAUCACUGGAACUACGGACAGCAGCGAGGCUGUGAGUCCUGUGGCUGUGACCCACAGCACGCAAUGGGAAAUCACUGCAACAUGUUCACAGGCCAGUGCCACUGCCGUCCAGGCUUUGGAGGUAAACAGUGCACUGAGUGCGAGCAGUUCCACUGGGGAGACCCGCAGGUGCAGUGUCAAGAGUGUAACUGCCAUCCACAAGGCUCAGCGAUGACCCAGUGUGACCGAAUAACAGGUGCAUGCGAGUGCAUGGAGGGAGCUGCAGGGAAGCGCUGUGAUGAAUGCGCUCGCAGCUUCACUGGAGUCUUCCCCAAGUGUGUCCAGUGUCACCCGUGCUUCCAGGUGUGGGAUGAUAGGGUGUGCCAGAUGAAAAGGGACCUGGAGCACAUCCAGUAUACCGUGCAGAAGAUCCUGGAUAGCGGGAUUACACCAGGAGUUGGGGACGCGCGCAUCAAAGAGCUGGAGAGGAAGCUGAAGCAAGUGCAGGAUCUGAUCAGUAAGGAGGACAGCGACAGGAUCCACCAGCUGAUUGGACAGAGCAUCGAUGACCUCAGGGCUGAGAUCGCCCUGACCGACGGACGUCUGAUGGCCAUCACCCGAGAGCUAAAUACAACUGCAGAGGAAGAAGGGGCUCUGAGACGCACAUUGAGUGACCUAGAGAGAGAGCUGAGGGAUAUCAACACCACUGUGGCGCAAAAAAAACACCAGCUGGAUGACUACUUUACCUCAGGAUUUGCAGAUCAGUUUGACAAAGUGAAGAAGUACUAUCAGGAGUCAGUGGAGGCUGAGGAGAAAUGCAACGCUUCAGUGUCCGGUCCUGCCAGUCCUGUGGAACAGUCCAAAGAAACCCGCGGUCUCACUGAAGACCUGCUGGAUGCCAAAAAAGACCAGAUCCUCCGUGCUCUGGCUGCCCAGAACAAAUCAUUAAACGAGCUGCAGCAGAAAGCCCACGACCUAAAUAAGAAGACCCACCACCUCAGUCACAAGGUAUGUGGUGGUCAUUCCAAUGCCGGUGUCAACGGCAGCUGCUCAGACAGCCGAUGCGGCGGUGCCGGUUGCCGUGACAAUCAGGGAAAUCGUGUAUGUGGAGGAGAGGGAUGCAACGGGACAGUAAGCGCUUCUGUAGCAGCACUGAAUCAUGCCAGGAACGUCACCGACAGUCUGAACGCUGCCAAUGAGGAUCUGCAGACCGUGGCGAGAAAGCUCCAGGAUAUAGCCUCUCUGACACAGGACGUGAAGAACCAGGCGAUGAACAUGCUGGAGAAAGCCCAGAAGAAGAAGGACCACUUUGAAAACAACAACAAGAAGCUCAAAGACUUCAUCAAGAAGAUCAGAGAUUUCCUCAUGGAGGAGGGAGCCGAUCCAGAGAGCAUAGAGAAGGUGGCUCUGCAGGUCCUGGCGAUCACCCUGCCGCUCAACAGUACCGCUCUGGACAAAAUGAUCAUGCAGAUAAAGGACAGCCUUUCCAAUCUCUCCAGCUUUGAGGGGAUCAUCAACCAAACAUCGCAGCACAUCAGCAAAGCCAAGGAGCUGCUCGACAAAGCUAAAGAUGCCAAGAGCCGAGCAGAGGGAGUGAAAGAUGCAGCCAAUAAUACCAAGCAGGCAUUGGAUGUGUCUGAAAAAGCCAUAGAGAAAGCAAAUGCAGCCCUGAAAGAGGCCCACAACAACCUGAACAGCACAAGGAAUGCUACAGCUGAGGUGGAUGAGAGGCUGAUGCAGCUGGAGGAUAAGCAGAUGGAUGUCAUGAUGCGUUUAAACAACCUCUCCUUAGCGGUGGAAGCCCUGAGGAACAAGACGGAGCAGAACAGACAGAUGGCAAAGGACGCCAAGGCACAGGCGGACAACGCCACAGAUCUUGCGUCCUCACUGGAGCAGAGCCUCAAUGACACAGAGAGACGGUACCAUGAGCUGAAGAUGAAGUUGGACUCUCUUGGGUCUGGAGAUCUGAGUGACAUCGACCAGAAGGUCAAGGAUAUGAAGAAGGAGGCAGAAGACCUCCUCAAUAAAGCCAGCAAGGGGAUAGAACAACUCAGCAAACUGGAGAAAAAGUUCAAGAAUAACGAGCAGCGGAUGCAGAAGCAGCGCAUGGAGCUGGAUGAGCUGAAGGAAAACGCUACUGUGGUGCGGGAUGACAUCCGGGAACAAGUGCAGAAGUACAGUAACUGUGUGUGAGGGUGAUACAGUUCCCUGUUUACCAUUUGCUGCUGCUGUAGUCCAGAGCAGAGUUUUGGUUGAUGCUGUGACCGGGAGAGAAAAACCACAUCACACAUGAAAACCUUCGGUACCUCCAUUCUUUCCCUGAUAUAUCAAGUUUUACACAUUACCUGUCAAGUGUUAAAUCACAGAAAUGCCUUCCUCUGUCUAUGUACUGUACCACUUUUUGACUCCUCGAUGUCAACACUGUCCUGUAUGGUGUUUUUGUCUUUAAGCUACUGUAUUACAACAAGUGGAUGACCUAUGGAGAGUAUUUGUUUUAUUGUAUAGGCCAUGUUAAUUGAUUUCAUAAAUAAUAAGUAUGUUAUCAGAAAUUUGUUAUUUUGACCAAAAGAUUUCAUGUUUUUGCUGUAAUUUGACCAGAUUAGUAUGGUAUUUACAAAGAGAAAAGUUUGAUUUUUAAAAUUAAAUUGUGUUUAUUUUUAUUACAAAAGAAAACUCUUGAUUAAUUACAUAUAAAUGCAUACACAAGUAUUCUAAUAUGCAAAAUUCAUUCCAAGGUGUGAUGAUGGAAACAAAUAAAAACAGUUAAUAACAGUAAA